GGCAAGUGGCAGCAUCGGCGGAGCAAGCAGCAGCCCUGGUGGAGCAGCCGCCCGUUGCAGAUGGGGCUGGCGAGCUCUCGUCGUUGCAGCGCAGCUCGGUCCAUCGCGCGGUCGACCCUUGCCCCGAGACGUGCGCCCAACCAGGGCCCGAGUACUUCCAGGAGUCUGACCCACGUGCAUCUCUAUCUAAACAAUCGGUGAUGCCCGACGAUACGAUCCCAUAUUUCGCCAGCACGAGCAUGCAUGUCACCGACCACUACGCGAAGACCGCGGUGGCGUUCGACGAGAUCGCACGGUGCACUGACCAUGCCGAACUCGAGAAGCUGAUCUCUGGAGCCUCAGCGAAUGUCACGAACAACACGAAUGACGCCGACGAGGCGGCCGCGAUGCUGAGCCGCCUGGGCAAGAGCUUGCUCUCGACACCGAAGUACACGGGGGCGCCUGAGACGCCUAAUGCGGAGGCAUGUGAUGUGGAUUGGUCGGAUGAGAUGAAGAUCUGGCUGGAGUGCGAGAAGGACGGGUGGAAGGUCCCGACCGACGGCAACACGAGUCCACUGGCGAGCAGAUGGCAGAGGCACAUCGACGGGGACACCGCGGAGAAGGCGAAGUACAAGGCUCUCAAGGGCAGGACCGCCAAGGCGGACUUCAGGUCGGAGUGGGCGAAGCAUGAGAAGGCCACCCAGCUGAAGAAGGAGAAAAAAUACAUUCAGAUGGAGGAGAAGGUGGACGUCAAGAAGUUCAGGUACAGGUCCCUCGCCCGCAUGGCAUGGCUGGAGGGCGGCGGCAAGCAGGGCCUCCAAGACGCCACGACGGCGGCGAUCCAGUGUAUGCAGCUCGGCCCGCCAUUCGUGAAGGUGGACGAGUGGACGAAGAACUUCAAGUUCGCGCACUUCGAGGAGGGGAGCGACGAGUAUUUCAAGCAGCAGUGGGCCACUGAGGUGACCAGGAUCCUGCACAAGAACCUGGAGCAGCCAGCCCAGGACCCUGGCAGUGCAUCGGCGGCAGCGCCCGCCCCUGGCAGUGCAUCGGGGGCAGCGCCCGCGGGGCAGCAGGCAGAUGCAGGCACGCAGGCAGCUGACGCACCCGCGUCCAAGAGGCAGAGGCUCACCACUGGCGCGGCAGCGGCAAGUGGCGGGAGCACGCCAGCGAGCGGCGGGGUGGCGGCACAGGCUGGCGACUUUGCGACCAUCGCAGAGUUGGCGCGCACAACCAUGGCGGCAGUGCAGAUGCAGGGCAAGACUAUCAUGGAUUCGAUCAAGGCGGACUCUGAGUGGGCUUGGGCGAAUAGUUCCGCCAACAUGACUCCGCUGCAGGAGACGCUCGACAAGCUGGCCGACAUCACAUCCUCGCGCGCCGAGUUCCGCAUGUUGGUCGCAUCCCAGCCGCUCCCCGACCGCAAGAAGAGCAUUGAGAAGAGCGGGGGCGAUGGCGAGCUGGAGUCUUUCGAGCAGCUCUGCAAGGACUUCACUGCCCAGGUGAACCCAGCGAUCGAGGCGGCCUCGAAGGAAUGCCAGAAGCUUCUGAACAGGCACAUGGCUGCCUGA